GGUGUAGCGUGGGGUGAGGAUGACCACCAUGGCCAACCAGAGCCACCAUCAGCGUUGCCUUAAGCUCUGUGUCGACAGGUGGUGGCCGCAUCUCUUCGUGCUGGGUAAGUCACCACCCUACCGUCUCGUUGGCCCAAUGGUCGAGCUGAUGAAGAUAAUGACUGACAAACUCAAUUUCUGCUCGGAAUACAUAGUGCCAGUGGACCGACAAUUUGGCACCGAGUUAGAAAAUGGCACCUGGACGGGCAUGAUGGGCCUCCUCCUUCGUAAGGAGGUGGACAUGUCCGGGGUGAUCUUCACGGUGGGCGAAGAGCGUGCUAGGGUCAUCGACUUCAGUGUUCCGCUUUAUAUGAACGAGCACGUCCUCUCAUACAAGCGUCCUGACUUAACGCCCGACAUCGCAGGGUUUGUGAAGCCUUAUACAAUAGAGCUGUGGAAUGUGUUGCUGGUGACGCUGGUGGUGAUAUUCGGCAGCAUCCUCUUCAUCCACCAGGCUGAGCCCCGACCACCACGUAGGUCAGCGUGUGUGAGAGGCGCCAGGCGUGAGGGAGGGCGGCCCGGCAGCCAGAACAGCCGGAUGUGGGCGUCCUGGCAGUGGACCAUCUCUGUGCUCUUAGCGCAGUCUUGUCCCUGGCUGCCGCGGCGGGACUCUCUCCGACUCAUCACUGGUCUGUGGCUGACGAUGGCUUUCGUUCUGGGCACCGUCUACCGCUCCAAUCUGAAGGCCAUGUUGAUCCUACCUAAGUUACGGCGACCCUUUGACAACAUGGAGGAGCUGAUUGACGCUGGCAUAACAACAUUCAUAGUAUCCGGGAGCGCCUUGGAACAAGCAGUAAUGGGCAGCGCUGUCGGCUCGGUGCUGCACAAGUUACAACAACAGGCCAACAUACACAUCAACGUAGCCAAGGCCGAACGUAACCUGGUGCAAGGAGUCGAGGCUGCUUUCCUUGACAAACACACAACUGUCUCUUUCAUCCAACAAACUUACAUGAAAGAGGGAAAGUGUUUACUCUACGUGGCCUCAGAGACCUACUUAGGCGCCACUAGCCUGAGCUUCGCCUUCCCUAAAGGAUCGCCUCUUAAACACAAAUUUGAUCCAAUCAUAAGGAACCUGAAAGAGUUCGGUAUCCUAGAGUACAUGUUCCAGAGAGAAGUACAGAACGCUCAAUACUGCCUCAAGCCAGAGUCCUUCAGUAAACCGAACAACAACCGCCGCUCACUUGAUCUCGAGGACUUCUACGGAGUCUUUUUCGUUUACGGCGGAGGGAUGGUGACUGCCGCUGGCGUGUUCCUUCUUGAACUGGCACUCGGAUCUCACAAAGUUUGGUCAGCUCCUGAAUCAACAAAAUAGAGAGAGAGAGAGAGAUCUGCCGUAUAAGACCAAAAUCUAUAAAGAAAGAGCUACACUACCCACAAUCUACUUGCUUUGUGAGUCCUGAAGCCAAUGAGAUGCUCUUCCAUACAGUGUGUGUUGUCUUUUCCAGAACGUCGGUGUCCAGUGGUAUAUGGUAAUAACAUUAAUGUGUUGAUGUUAUCGUAUCCACAUGGCUAUCGAACAUUACUGGAGUGGUUAUUGUAUGUCAUCACCUAACACAUUAUCGCAAUAAAUGUAUGCAAAUAUA